CUUCAAUUCCCCCAAUUCUCCUUGAAACAACAUACAAAAAAUACUCAGACAUCAUGAGCGUGAGAACGGUCGAGCUUCAACCCUUCCAGGACCAGAAGCCCGGAACCUCUGGUCUACGUAAGAAAGUUAAGGUUUUCCAGAAGGAGAACUACUCCGAGUCGUUCAUCACCAGCAUUCUCAAGUCGAUCCCUGAGGGCGCCGAGGGUGCUUUCCUCGUCAUUGGUGGUGAUGGUCGUUUCUGGAACCCUGAGGUCACACAGAAGAUUGCCAAGAUCAGUGCAGCAUACGGCGUCAAGAAACUGUUGAUCGGUCAGAACGGUAUUCUCAGUACUCCAGCUGCCAGCCAUGUCAUCAGGAUCAGGAAGGCUACUGGUGGUAUCCUGCUCACUGCCAGUCACAACCCCGGAGGUCCUGAUGAGGACUUCGGUAUGAAGUACAACCUGGCCAACGGUGCCCCCGCCCCCGAGAGCGUCACCAACAAGAUCUUCGAGACCUCCAAAACUCUCACCUCCUACAAGAUCGCCGACAUCCCCGACGUCGACCUCAGCAAGAUUGGCACACAGAAGGUUGGCGACCUUGAGGUCGAGAUUAUCCACUCGACCAAGGACUACCUUGAGAUGCUCAAGGACAUCUUUGACUUCAACCUCAUCAAGUCGUUCCUCAAGGAGCACUCAGACUUCAAGGUUCUCUUUGAUGGACUAAGCGGUGUCACUGGCUCAUACGGUGUCGACAUCUUUGAGAAGGAGCUCGGCAUCCCCAACAGCACACAGAACUGCGUUCCCCUGCCUGACUUCGGUGGACACCACCCCGACCCCAACCUUGUCUACGCCAAGUCUCUCGUUGAUGCUGUCGACAAGAACAGUAUCCACUUCGGUGCUGCCAGUGACGGUGAUGGUGACCGCAACAUGAUCUACGGCGCGAAGUCGUUCGUCUCGCCUGGUGACAGUUUGGCCAUCAUUGCGCACCACGCUGAGCUCAUCCCAUACUUCAAGAAGCAGGGUAUCUAUGGUUUGGCACGGAGCAUGCCUACAUCAGGUGCUAUCGACCUUGUUGCAAAGAAAAAGGGUGUCGAGUGCUAUGAGGUGCCCACAGGAUGGAAGUUCUUCUGCGGUCUUUUCGACUCUGACAAGAUGAACAUCUGCGGCGAGGAGAGUUUCGGAACUGGAUCCAACCACAUCCGUGAGAAGGAUGGUUUGUGGGCUGUCGUUGCAUGGCUCAACAUCAUCGCUGGUGUCGGACAGCAGACUGGCUCCACACCCAGCAUUGCGUCGAUUCAGAAGGACUUCUGGAAGACAUACGGACGCACUUUCUUCACUCGCUACGACUACGAAGGUUGCGAGACCGAAGGCGCCAACAAAGUCACUGCUCACAUGAAGGAGCUGAUCACCACCAAAAAAGACGAGUUCGUUGGCUCUUCUAUUGCUGGCCGCAAGGUCGUCGAGGCUGAUGACUUCUCGUACACCGAUCUCGACGGCAGCGUCAGCAAGAACCAAGGUAUCUUCGUCAAGUUCGACGAUGGUAGCCGCAUUGUCGUCCGUCUGUCCGGUACUGGCAGCAGCGGUGCCACCAUCCGUCUUUACAUUGAGAAGCACACCAGCGACGAGUCCACAUACGACCAGGAUGCUCAGGACUUUCUCAAGGACAACGUCAAGCUGGCGACAGACCUUCUCAAGCUGCAGGAGUACAUUGGCCGCACUGAGCCUGAUGUCAAGACCUAAGCAAAUUGCCUCUGAUCGCAGUCGCCCACGAUGCUUUACGCGUGUAUGAGCCAUGAUACUCCUUAAAAUUAGCAUAGCGAAAGACAAU